UGAGUAUCCGUCCGCUGGUUUCAGCAUGGAAGCACCACAUUUCCAACCAGCUAUUUCAGGUCCCACUUUUAAUCCCUUCUCACACUCAACAGUCCCUGGGAACAUGUAUCUGGCCCCAGAAAAUAAUGCUGGCCAUGCACAUGUUAGUUACUACAAUAGACAAGUUAUGCCUGAAAUUGAAGGUGGUCUAAUAGACUCUACAAUGAGCGCUGGAAGGGGGCAAUUUAAAAGAAAAAGCCCUGCCAUUUCUGGACCUUUUGAGAGAGCCAGCAGUAUCAGAUUUUAUGGUCCAGGAAGUUCCUCUGGCUCAUCUCAGAUGCUGCCAGAGCAGCCAACUUCAGAUUGUCAUAUCAUCCCUUCUGGUCCUCUUGGCAUACCUCAAUACAGGGGUAGUAGCCUUUUGAUAAGGAAUGUGAGAAGUCGGUCUAGGCUUGAUUUUGAACCCAGCACUGUGAGAACUCAUAUAUCAAGUUAUUCUUCUGGUCAUUAUGAUUCAACAACGCAUCCAACCAACCAUUCUGGCACAGUAGACCUUGGUAAUUUGAAUGCUGAGGCCACCACUCGUGAAUGGAAUGGUAUUCCUUUCUCUGCUGCUGCUUGCGGAAGGAUUCCAACUUCUGAUAUGGGCAGAUUAAGCCACGAGACAAAUCCUUUUCUUGUGGGGGGAAGCACGGCCGAGAUUCGUGGCUACCACCAGGAUUCCAUUCCAAGCAGACACCCUGUUUCCUCUUCACAAUAUGUUCAUGCCCCCAUUGUGCAGACUGCAACGGAUGGCCACAUCAAUUAUUCUAGGAGAGUUAUUCCUUCAUAUAGGGCCGGUCCAAGCUACUCCCAUGCAGGACACCCAGCUGCUUUUUCAGACAAUGGGCUGCAUUCACUCUCAGAAACUUCUUCUUCCAGACAUUCAAGGCCAUGUUCUGCUGGAGGAUGGCAUAACAGUUACAAUAAUGGACGGCAAAGGAUAGCUACUGAGAGAUUCCAGUCAAUACCUAGUUUGGUGGAUGCGCAUGAUAGACUACGAUCUGAGGUAUGUAAUUUUCCUUUCCAUUGUUUGACUACUGCUGAAAUUAAGAAAGCAAGAUUUAGCUAACCUGUUUGGUGUCCACUGUUUUUGGGGCUGAAGAGACCCUGAAUAUUAGGAUCCAAUUACAGGGUUUUUUUUAAUGGGAAUUGCAGUACUGUCUUACUUCUGCAUUUCUAUGCAUGCUUAGACAGGAAAUGAGUUCAUAAGCUAUACGACAAGGAUAGUGUUGAAGGGUUUUGAGUUCAACGUGCAUUGGAUUGUCAGAUUUGGUGCCCUCAGAAGUCAUAGCCAUGGUGGUGCUAAUAGGUGUCUAAUGUGCAAACUUGUCAAUUAUGAUAAGCAUGUCCCUACACAUUUGAAACCUAGAUCGCAGGUCAGUUUGACACGUGGUGCGGGUACGGGUAUGCGGUACGAUGCCUUUUUUGAUACGUAGUACGAUGGGGAUAGGAUUAUUAUACAUUCAUAUACACUUGUAACUAAUAUUCAUUUUAUUUUUCUGAUAAGAGCUUUGAAGUGAACCACAAUCCAAGGCAAUGUAACAGCUAGUGGUUGUAAAUAAUAAAAGUUAGUGUUUGCAUAGUUGAAAUGCGAGAAAAUUUCAUAUUGGAACAAAUCUAAAUGUGUUUAAAGAUCACCAAAAUAAAGGAAUAACAUGUUAGGGUUACAAUUUGAGGUUGAAAUUAUAAUUUGUGAAUUCUAAGUUGUGAGUCAAUUUGGGGAUUUGUGUUAUUAUUUGGGAUUGAGUAUUUGAGCGGCCUUGACCGCGAACCUACUCUGUUUUGGGUUGUGCCAUCACGAUUCUUGGGAUAUCCAUGACCAGGUAUCUAUGGUCCUGCUUGGGACCAUUUAUUGGAAUGUGUGGGGAUGAAUCCUUGUAUUGUUCUGGUCUGGAAAACUGUUAUCAGUUAUCACCUUUUUAUCUCACUUUCCCCUUCCUAAAGUAAGCACUUGAAUAAAUAUGAAUGUAUUUAAGGAGACUUAAGUGACAGUUAGACCUUAGCACAGUUGUGCUUCUUCAGCAAAAAGCAUCUUAGGACUAUCUUGGUGUUAUGAGUUUUCUCGCCAUCUGUAUAACCUCUUCAGUUUGUGGUCUUCACUUUGCUAGUUGGCGGAAGCUAGUUCUUGGAGGAUGCUUUGAAACUGAGCUAGCCAUAUCUAAUGGCUUUGGCCUGCUAAAUACCAACUAACUUCAGUACUCAUCGAGAACUUCAUUUCUGCUUAGCCUGAGUUUCAUUCGGAAUUGGAUGUGCUGCAGUUUAAUUUGACUUUUUAAUAUGUAAUCUGCAGUUGAUUUGGAACUUUUUUUAUCCAUGCAGGCUCUCAUGAUGGUGGAUCACU